CGGCAGCAGCGGGACAGGUGCUGAGCUGCCCCUGCACAGCCCUCGCCUGCCCGCUGCGCUCUGCCCUGCGCUCAGCCAGCCCGGCUGCGCCUGAACCGCCUCACUGCGCCAGCCCGCCAUGGGACAGGACAAUUGCAAACCCCAGCCCGGAGACCUGAUCGAGAUCGACCGGCCGCUUUACCAGCACUGGGCCCUCUACGUGGGAGAUGGAUAUGUCAUCCAUGUGACAGAUGAAGCCUCAUCCAUUUUGCUUAGCAGCUCUUCAAUACAUGCCACAAGAGCCAAGGUGAAGAAGGAGGUCCUGAAGGAUGUGGUGGGAAAUCAUAGAUGGCGUGUCAACAACAAGUAUGACCGCUCCCGCACUCCUUUCCCAGUGGAGGAGAUCAUCCGGCGUGCCGAGCUAUGCAUUGACAGGGAGGUGCCAUACAAUGUGCUUAACAGCAACUGUGAGCACUUUGUGACCAUGCUGCGCUACGGAGAAGGAGUCUCAGACCAGCUGCCCCUGCACAGCCCUCGCCUGCCCGCUGCGCUCUGCCCUGCGCUCAGCCAGCCCGGCUGCGCCUGA